AUGGAAUUUGCAACCCUCCAAUUCAGCAGUGCCUGGCUUAGAAGAACCUUCACAAAUGAACAUGAUCCGCCUGUUCAGGUGCGUUUGGCAGCCUACGAGCACAAUGCCCGCGAACGCAAGCUGGCCGAGGUCCGGUACGGAAAUAACAUCACCCUGCUCCUCAAGGCUUGUUACUUUCUGAGAGACUUCCAUGGUUCUGCCAUGUUCUGGCUUGCCAUCUCUCGUGUCUUUGGCGUGGGGCACGAUGUCACCAAAUCUGUAGUCGACGUCUUUGUCGUGGCCCGUGCCAUCUAUCGCAGCAACUUUCCCACCGCCCACGACACUGCCCCGUUGUUGACUGAGACUACGCAGUGGGCAGAUAAAUGGACCUCAUUUCUCAGCGAGCAGAAACAACCAACGCCGGCAUCGGACAGCGGAGUCUUCGCGGCAGUUGAUGACUUCUUCCGGAAAGAAAAGGGGAGAAAUGGGGAUCUUGCAAGCGUUCUCUCAAAAGGGCCAGCCAUGGACCCUCCAUCAGCUCCUCGUGCUCUUCGAAAGCGCUCGCCAUCGCCGAGUACUUCGCAAGGGACGCCGAAUGCAAAGAGAAGGGCAGUUUCGAGGAGCACAGACGAGCCGGGAUAUGACUCCCCGCCUGGAAGAACUCGAAGUCAAUGUUUGGCUGUUGGAUCUCAGCCUUCGAGCCACCAUAAACCAGAGCCUCAUGAGACGACGCUUAGCACCAAUGGCCGCCAGUAUCAAAAUGAUCAAGUCCUCCGGACAGGUCAGGAAGAGCCCUACUUCGAGUUGAAAAUCCGUGGUCAAGCUCAAAAGGACAAUCGCAACUCACCCGGUCACCAAGACCACCACUGGUCCGAAGCGGACGAGUACGAGGCGCUUGCACAGUCCAAUAUCGAGCUUCAGGACCGUGUGGACUCUUUUGAAAAGGAGAGACUGGAGGCCGCGAGGGCUCAAAAGGACAGGGACGAUGCCAUCAGAUCCCUCCAGGCCAGGUUCGCAACUUUCGAGAAGAUCUCUGCAGCGGCGGACGCCCAGUCAUCAGUCAACGACAAGCUCAUCCGAGAGAUGCAAGAGAUGGUUAAAAGGUUCGGCACCCAAGCCGAAAGGCUGAAGCAGUUGGAGAAACAGCUUGAACUCAGCGAUCAGGCUGCGCAGAGAAUGCAAGCCACCAUCUCCUCGCUACAGAAGAACGGAGCAAUACAGGCACGGCCGGCCAAUGAUCAGGCGGGAGUCGCGACUGCUGAGACCAAAACAGCAGAUGAGGGAGCGCCAGCAGCCCUUAAGGAAGAGGUCUCAGAGAUGCAUAUCAGAAUAAAGUCUCUUGAAGCUAAGAGUAUCUUCUUCAACGACCUUCACAAAAACGUCCGAGAGAUGAAGGCAGAUAUUGCGGCUCAGAAAGUCAAAACGGCCGCUUCAGUAACUGAUUGCGCCAAGGGGCAAAAUGAACAAGUCACAUCUACGAGGCUGAGAGCUAUCGAGGAAGCAAUGGAGAGGCAAGGUCAAGCGGUCCACGGUAUGACCGAUAGAGUGGUAGCUCUCGAAGUUCAGGCUACUGUACGCAAUGCUAGGAUUUCGUCCCUCGAGGAUCGGCUUGAUAAAGCCGACGACAUAUCUCAAUUCGAGUUAAGGGUGUCUACGGUGGAGCAAAAACAGAUCAACGACCUCAAGAUGCUUGAUUGCAGACUCACCGCGAUGCAAGGCAGGUCUGCGGAAAUACAAGACAAGGUCGAAGAGCUUUCAAAAGGGCUUGGCGAUGUGGGCAGUCUGCCUUUCAUCAAGGCCAUCUCUGAUGGUGUUGCCGAGAUGCAGACCAGAAUCGCAAAUACCGAAGAACACGGAACUGAAGUAUCGAAGCGCCUUGAUGACAUGGAGGUGUCCCAAGAUGCUCUCACGUUGCACGACCAGUCGUCCCGCAUCGAUGAAGUGUCUCAGUCUCUCGAAUCGUUGAAGAGCCUGCUCCUCGGCCUGGCAAGAAGCGAUGACGUGGAAGCCCUGAGAGCCGAGUUCAACUCCUUGUCCCAGCAGCAAGCCGUCGCAAGCCAAUCAAUGGGCCGAGGCGAAGACGCCCUCGCUUCUGUCACAGGCAUGAUUGACAGCCUGUCCAACAGGAUGACAAGGCUCGAUGAUAUGUACGAGAUGUUUGCGACCGAGCGCCGCAACAGGCCCGAUCAGCUGUUUCACACGAACGGGAACACCGUACAAGACGGCAAACAAAACGAUGUUUCGGCUGUCAUUGACUCAUUGUGUCACCGGGUCAGCGUCAUGGAAAACGGCUUUCAGAUCAUGAGAGAUGCCUUGUCCGGCCGCCGACGUUGA